AUGCCUCUUCGUAUCGUAGUGUGCGGUGACGACACGGUUGGCAAGUCCAGUCUCAUUGCCACACUUGUGAAAGACGAGUUUGUCGCCAACAUUCAGGGUAAAUUGUCACCUGUCAGUAUUUCCCGAGAUGAUUAUGCCGUUUUGGGCGAAGCUAAUUCUGAUGUCGAUACCGACAUGGAGAAAACUGACAUGCGAUCAGUAUCACAGUACAUUCCAGACUCCACUGUGGUGAUCGACACUGUGUCUUCAGACCAUGCUGCAUUGAACAAGGAGUUAAAGCAGGCGGAUGUGAUUUUGUUGUUGUAUUCGGAUCACUAUACCUAUGAGCGUGUUCUGCUUUUCUGGAUGCCAAUGUUUCGUGCGCUGGGGGUCAACCUACCCAUUGUGGUGUGUGCCAACAAAUGCGAUUUCAUGACAAAGCUGCCAGAAAAGCCGACCUCCAGUUUCAAGCAGCAGAACAAAGAGGAGUUUGUUCCUUUGAUCAAUGAGUUCAAAGAAAUCGAAGCGUGUUUGAGAUGCAGUGCUAAGCAGAACAUCAACGUCGUGGAAGCAUUCUACCUUUGCCAGCGUGCAGUUACACACCCUAUCUCUCCAAUUUUCGAUUCGAAAGAAGGAAAUCUCAAGCCAGCUGCCGUGAAGGCCUUGCAGCGAGUGUUUUUCCUAUGCGACGCGGACCUCGAUGGGUACCUUAACUUUGAAGAGUUCUCUGCUCUUCAUAUGCGAUGUUUUGGUAGAAGCGCUUCACAGAAUCACUACGAUGAUAUCUUGCAAACAGUCAAUGCCAUCAUUCUCCCGGAUUGUGAUAAUAAGGGCGAGGUUAAAGGCAUCUCAGAGAACGCUUUCAUCAUUCUCAACAAACUAUACGCUGAACGGGGCCGUCAUGAGACCAUUUGGGGGAUCUUGAGAGCAUUUCACUAUACGAACUCGCUCUCGCUCAACGAUCGGUUUCUUUACCCGAAGGUGGAAGUUAACCCUAAUUCAAGUGUAGAGCUUAGUCCAACCGGCUAUCGGUUUCUAGUUGACUUGUUCUUGAAGUUCGAUAGAGACAACGACGGAGGGCUCAGCGAGGAGGAAAUGACAAACUUGUUUCUUCCAACUCCUGGGGUGCCGAAACUUUGGAAAGAAACUCAAUUCCCCUCUUCUAUUGUGUGCAAUGAGGAAGGAUACGUGUCUCUACAGGGCUGGCUCGCACAGUGGAACCUUACGACAUUUCUAGAUCACCAGACUACGCUCGAAUACUUGGCAUAUCUUGGGUUUGAUGAGGGAAACUCGGUGAAAGCAAUCAAAGUCACCAAACCAAGAAAGCACCGUCAGAAGCAAGGCAAGCAGUAUAGGGGUGCCGUGAACGACCGAAAUGUUUUUAACUGUUUUGUCCUUGGAGCUCCAAAGUCAGGAAAGUCUUCUUUAUUAGAGCUGUUUAUCCGGGGAACUUAUAGCGAGAUGUAUCUGCCCACAAUCAUUCCCAAGCUCUGCGUCAAAGACAUCGAACUUCGUGGCGGGAAACAAUGCUACUUGAUCUUGGAGGAAUUGGGUGAGUUGGAGCCUGCAAUUUUGGAAAAUCAAAAGCGUCUAGAUCAGUGCGAUGUGAUCUGCUACACCUACGAUUCUUCUGAUCCCGAGCUGUUCCAGUACAUCGUGAAUCUCCGAAAAAAACACGCGAGUAUUUUAAAUGACAUUCCGUCCGUCUUCGCUGCUCUCAAGGCUGACUUGGACAAGCAGCAGCAGAGAUCAGACGUGCAACCAGAAAACUACAUCCGAAACCUAUUUCUUGGCUCGCCAUUGCAUAUAUCCAGUUCGUGGCCCAUGUCCAUCCAUGAGCUUUUCAUACAGCUUGUCGAUGCGGCUAAAAUGCCCAGCACUGCCACUCCCGGACUAGACCCGCAUCCUGACACCGCAGAAUUUGAGAACAUGAAGCGCAUAGGCAUCGCGGGAGGUGCGAUCACAGUAAUGACGCUUUUCUCUGUUUGGAUCUUUCGCAGUGCUCAAAGGCUGGGAAGGACUUGA